UAGUCUCAGGUGGGGCGGGAAAGCGGCGCGGGACGAGGUUUCCCCUCGGGCGGCGGCGGGGCUUUGCCAUGCGGGUGGGUUUGCUGAGGUUUCUGUGUUGCACGUACACGGAGCCGUCAGGGCCUGCCCUCUCAGUGGCGGCAGGCCUUCGACUGCCACUGGAAGGCGCCCUGGCCUCGCCGGGCCUGCCCCGCGGCCUGCCCUCACCUGCCCCUCUCGCCGUCUGCAGUGGUCGGGGCUUUGCCUCCCUCGGGCCUGGCAGAAGGAUAUAUGAGGGGAAUGAGAAUGGCUCUCAAAGAAAGGGGAAAAUUAGCUCCUGCAAGCAAAGCUGAAAGUUGUUCUCUUCUACUUGUUGGAAAGGAAAACUGAAGAUCUCAGAAUAUUUUGCAAGGAUUCAAAAGUUGUGGCUAGUCUACUCAUCUGAAUGAUGAGAUGAUGCCCUGUGAGACAGCAUAUCUCAGCUAGCUUCUACACUGCUGUCAGAAGUAAUCAGAGACACAGUCAACACUUCUGGGACUUGGCCCAGCAUCCUUCAGCACAUCUGAGCAGCAGCCAAACCAGGACUGGCUUCAGCUUCUUUGUACUCAACUCACCUUCCACAGGGAACUGAUAAAGCACUUCAGUGUCCUCCCAGCACUCCUGGUUCUGCUGUGCUUCCCCACGCCACGACAGCGCUGCCUUCCCAUCCUGCUUGGAGGCAGAAGAGUCCUUCUGCAGGCUUUGUUUGGAGCCAGCUGGCAAGAAAACUCCCGUUCCUUGUCACAGAGGUGUAUUGGAGGAAAAUGGGUCUUUCUGUAACUCUGGCACAGAUGCUGUGAGAUCACUAAUGAUGGCUAAGUAUUUUGCUGCUUUAUUGCUGAAAGGGGCUGAAGCGUUUAGACAUGAGUUGGUUGAUCAAGCCGAACAACACAAUAUCACAAUAUAACAGCAAAAGUGGCUUCAGUUGGAGAAAAUGUUUUAGGUGGAUGGUGUAUGAGUUACAGGGUGUCCAAAGCAGCCAUGGCCACCAAGAGUCUCAGCACUGAACUUGGACGAGGCAAAUCUAGUGUGCUUGUAAGGUAGUAUCACAGUGCAGAUCUGAUCUGAUGAAACCACAACUAAUACUGAUGCCUGCCUAUGAUGGGAAGAGAACACAGACCACAAACUUGGGAUUUCUGGCCUCUUAUUAGCGUUUCCAUGGUUUGGAAUGGAUAUCGGUGGAACAUUGGUUAAACUGGUCUACUUUGAACCUAAGGACAUUACUGCAGAAGAGGAACAGGAGGAGGUAGAAAACCUGAAAAGCAUUAGGAAAUACUUGACGUCCAAUACAGCCUAUGGUAAAACUGGCAUUCGCGAUGUCCAUCUUGAACUGAAAAAUUUGACUAUGUGUGGACGCAAAGGAAACCUGCACUUCAUCCGCUUUCCCAGCUGUGCCAUGCACAGGUUCAUACAGAUGGGUAGUGAAAAGAACUUCUCCAGUUUGCACACUACGCUCUGUGCCACGGGAGGUGGAGCUUACAAGUUUGAGGAGGACUUUAGAACGAUUGCUGAUUUACAGCUCCAUAAACUGGAUGAAUUGGACUGUUUGAUCCAGGGCCUCCUUUAUGUUGAUUCUGUUGGUUUCAAUGGCCAGCCAGAGUGCUAUUAUUUUGAAAAUCCUACAGAUCCUGAACAGUGCCAGAAAAAGCCUUACUGCCUUGAUAAUCCAUAUCCUAUGCUGCUGGUUAAUAUAGGCUCAGGGGUCAGCAUCCUAGCUGUGUAUUCUAAGGACAACUAUAAGAGAGUCACAGGAUCCAGUCUUGGAGGAGGAACAUUCCUGGGCCUGUGCUGUCUGCUGACUGGCUGUGAGACGUUUGAAGAAGCACUAGAAAUGGCCGCAAAAGGAGACAGCACCAAUGUGGAUAAGCUGGUGAAAGAUAUUUAUGGAGGAGACUAUGAGCGGUUUGGCCUUCAAGGGUCUGCUGUAGCCUCAAGCUUUGGUCAUAUGAUGAGUAAAGAAAAGAGAGAUUCCAUCAGUAAAGAGGACUUGGCCAGAGCUACUUUGGUCACCAUCACCAACAACAUAGGUUCUAUUGCUCGCAUGUGUGCAUUGAAUGAGAACAUCGACAAGGUGGUAUUUGUUGGCAACUUCCUCAGAAUUAAUAUGAUUUCUAUGAAGGUGCUAGCAUAUGCUAUGGAUUAUUGGUCCAAGGGACAGCUGAAGGCUCUGUUUUUGGAACAUGAGGGUUAUUUUGGAGCUGUUGGGGCUCUUCUAGAAUUGCUUAAAAUGACAGAUGAUCAGUGAUGAAGCUAUCUGAAGAGAUUCCUACUGCAGAUGCUGCUGGAUAAGAGUGAAAGCCACUACAAGGAUGGAAAUAGAAGCCAUUAUGGUAGUUCUACCUGCUGGAUUUGUAAAUAAUUUAAAAUUCUUCUAGCUGAUCUUUAACUUCUGGGUUUUGACCUUAUACUUCAGAAUUCAUACUGGGAAUAAUGAGAUUUUUUUUUUCUGUACACUGUAUUUUUUAGGGGAAAAAUGUGCAAAGUGGCCAAACAUACAGAUUUUAUGAGUUUAUUUUAAAAAGUGGAUACUGUUUAAUGUAGGACCUGUGCUAUGAAGCAUCUGCUUUUCUUCUGGGGUUUACUGAUCAGUGUGGUAAUUUUAACUUCAUUUAGUAAUCACUCUAGGAGAUUUUUUUAUCUUAUUUUCAUGACGUUUCAUGAUUUGUUCUUGGUUUCAAAUGAAACUACAAAGCUGAUGCGUUUUACUGUGAAAACUAGUCACUGAUUUUUUGCCUUUCCUUUCCUCAUUAGAUGAGACACUUUUUUAUUUAACAUACCCCCACCCUUCCAAAGAAUAAAUGUACAAGCUUUCUAUGACUACAUGGGUUUCUUGGCAAGACUGCAAGAAAACUUGGCGGGGGCAGGGGGUUUAAGAUUGUAAUUUUUUAGUAGUCAUGACUUGCAACAGGAACAAACUGCUAACUGGUUUUGCAAGACUAAUUCUCUUCUACAGUAAAAAUUUCAAGCAAGAAGCAUACUAAAACUUGAAUUAUUGGCUUGACACUAAAAUUAAAUCCUGUUUCUGUUGAAAAUCUCUGAUCUAUAUGAAGAAUUCUGUACUACAGAUGUUAUUUAUAUGGUCCAUACUUGGCAUUAGAUGACAAAGGGAAGAGAUUGUUUUCAUUUGUUUGAAGACUGUUCCGUAGUCUGCAGUUUUUAACUUGAUCUUAAUCAAAAACAACUGAUAACUGUGUUAUUCAAAGCCCAGUUUCUAAAACUACAAAAACACUGACUAAUCUAUUUUCUGGUUUUAAGUUAAUGUUAGCUUUCACUCCAGGACACUAAGAUUCAAGUGUUUAUUCUAAUACGGUAUUUUCUGCCUUUUUCUUAUUUGUGGACCUCUCUAGAUUUUUUUUCUUUUCAUAUUGAAUUGAGGCUCCUUUGAAAUCUAUGUACUUAGAUUGCUGCAUAGCAUGUAUAAACAUGUUUUUCUUGGACACCGUGAGGGCUCACAAAUCAGAGGCUGAAAACCAGUCCAUAAAUUAUUUUGUCUUGCAAAACUAUAUGUGAUGUCACAUAAUGUAAAGGGCUCAUCAGAGGGACAUUAUAAAAUUCAGACACAUGUGUUAUCCAGUAUAUUUUUAGAAGGGGCUUUCUUUCACUUUUUUAAUAGUCAUUAAUUUCCGUAUCUCCCAAAUGUUGAAAUAAAUUAAUAUUAACUGAUGUGUUAACUUGUCUGAUGGAAAUAAAGACCACUACUGUUUUGACGGUUUUAA